CUCGGCGCUGGGAACAUGGCGGCGGCCGCGGGGAGAGCGUUGAUUAGAGGAACAGUGCGGGGGCUGCUACUCCCGCGACUCGCAGGGGGCACCCCCGGCCCGGAGCGCGACUUCAGUCUCUCUCACAAUCGGGGCACGGUCAUCGUGGAGCGCUGGUGGAAGGUGCCGCUGGCCGGAGAGGGCCGGAAGCCUCGCCUACGCCGGCGACACCGGGUCUAUAAGCUGGUAGAGGACACGAAACACGGGCCCAAAGGCAGCCUGGAGCUCAUCCUCACGCAGUCCGUGGAAGGACUUGGAGUCCGGGGUGACCUGGUCUCAGUGAAGAAAUCUUUGGGCCGGAAUCAACUACUGCCUCAAGGUCUGGCUGUAUAUGCCUCCCCUGAAAACAAGAAACUGUUUGAGGAGGAGAAAUGGCUGAGACAAGAAGGAAAAUUAGAGAAGAUCCAGACCAGGGCAGGUGAGAUGACAGUGAAAUUUCUGAGAAGCUGUCAUCUGGAGGUGGGGAUGAAGAAUAAUGUCAAAUGGGAACUAAACCCUGAAAUAGUUGCCCGCCAUUUCUUCAAAAAUCUUGGUGUUGUGGUCGCCCCACAUGCAUUAAAGUUACCAGAAGAGCCCAUUACGCAGUGGGGGGAGUACUGGUGUGAGGUGACGGUAAACGGACUUGACAGUGUGAGGAUACCUAUGUCUGUGGUGAACUUUGAGAGGCCUAAGACCAAAAGAUACAAGUACUGGUUAGCCCGGCAGGCUGCCAAGGAAAUGGCCCCCACCAGCUCCCAGACGAUCUAACCCUUCUGUCCCUCAGAAGCAGAAGAGCAGAAUCAGAGGAGCAGGGAGCAACAAUGGGCCAGCACCCUGAUACCACUCCCAGCUCUGACCAAAUAAUGGAAUUUAGAGAGCAUGUGGGGACAUGGGCCUAAACUGCACGUACACAUUGAAUCCACCGUAUCUCCUACCUCCGUGCUUGCCUGUUACUACAUCCGGCCUUACCGGGCAGUCCUGCUCGCGGGCUACCAGGCUGUAGAUUUGAUGAGCCAAAUAUUAACAGAUGGAAACAGUCUAGAUCCUGUUUGGCCUCGAAUUUGUUGGAACAAGUGGAAGAGCUAGCCACGGUCUCCAGGACUGGUCCCACAUACAAACUGAGCAUUUGUAUCUCAAGAGGAAAUAAAGAGGUUUUGCUCUUUUUA